CCGUAGUGGUGAAAAACAUGACAAGCAGCUGUUUCUGCGUGUUAGCGCUCACGUGGGAGAUUUCACAGCGCAGUCAGGUUUUAUAGAAACGAGGUGUCGCUCUAAACAAACCAUGGAGUGCUUGAUUAAGAUAAAUGCAGGAGCGUCCAAAUGGGACAUUCGUCAGAAAGUUUGGGACUACAUAGAAGAGAAGAAUUUAGCCAACUUCCCGAGGCCUGUUCACAACAGGAUCCCAAACUUUAAGGGCGCUUUUGGAGCCUGCUCCAAAGUGACGGAGCUGCAGGUGUUCUCUGAUACGGCCGAGGUGAAGGUGGACCCUGACAAACCUCUGGAAGGGGCUCGCCUGGCAGUGCUGCAGGCACAGAAAACAUUAUUGGUUCCAACUCCUCGUCUUCGCACCGGCCUUUUCAAUAAGAUCACUCCUCCCCAGGGGGCAAACAAGGAACAGCUGCGCAUAUGCUCCUCCUCUCAGGGUGUGAGAGACUUCAGCGAGCCGGUUGGUCUGGAUGCGAAGGUGAAGGUGGACCUGGUGGUGGUCGGCUCUGUGGCCGUGUCCGAGAAAGGGUGUCGGAUUGGAAAAGGAGAGGGUUUUGCUGAUCUGGAGUGGGCGAUGAUGGCCUCAAUGGGAUCUGUGAAUGAAUCCACUGUGGUCGUUACUGUCGUCCACGACUGCCAGGUGGUAGAUAUUCCAGAUGAGCUCAUGGGGAGUCAUGACCUGACUGUUGACUACAUCCUUACACCCAGCAGGGUCAUUAAAACGAACUGCCAGUUGCCUAAACCACAGGGAAUCAUCUGGAACAAGCUGGACGCAGAAAAGCUGAAAAAGAUUCCCAUCCUGAAGAAGCUGCGUGCUCUGGAAGAACAGGCUGGAAAGGAUGUGACACUGGGGGCAACGCCGCCUGCAGCGGAGCCCGCUCUGCAAGACGAUAAACCGAAACGCCAACCCAGACAGAGGCCAAGGCGGAACACGCAGCAGGAUGCAGAGGGAGAACCCAGCCAGGAGCCCAGUCACAAUACAGAAACUGAGGCCGGACAGAGAGCCAGACAGCAACCAGGGAGGAAAGAAAGCAGAGGAAGUGGCAGACGGGCGGUGAAGGAGCAGGGAUCAGAAGAAGGUGGGGGUGAAGAGGUGACUCGGAGGAGGCUCCCUCAGUCUGUGACCACCGUUUACCUGGGAGGAAUCCCCACUGGGCUGCGGGUCAGUGAGCUGAAAGCCGCCCUCCGAGAGAGGAAAGCCGCUCCGCUGAGGCUCACCUGGCAGGGGGCUCAGCACAGGGCCUUCCUGGAUUACACUGACCCCCAGGUGGCAGACCAGGCCCUGGAGGCUCUGCAGGGUCUUUGUCUGAAUGGUCAGAGUCUGCAGGCAGAGCUGGCCAAGAGCCAGCGGGGACAAAGAAGGCCAGGACAGAGACAAAGACCGUCCACAGGUCAGAAGUCAAAAAUGCCACAAAGUGAUGUCCCUAAGGAGACCGAACAUUAAAACCAGCAGCAACAGGUCGAAAAGUUAGUUUUCCUAGUUUGAUAUAACUUUAAUAUCUUUAGAUGUAAUAAGCUUGCAUGUUUUCUUUGAUUUUAUUAAAAAAAAAAUUAUUACAGUGCCAUGAACCCAAUGGUCUUUUGAAGUAUUUAGAGAAAGCGAUAGUGAUUUUUUAUUUUAUGAAGGAAACUGCAGUUUGAAACUUUUCCAGACGUUUUUGUAUAAAACUUGACACUUGAAACACAAAUUGUACUUUUUUUUUUUCUUUUUCCUGUUUA